AUGUCCGCCAAUCCCCCACUCACAGGCAUAAAGGUGGUAGAACUUGCCGGGCUGGCACCAGGACCUUUCUGCGGCCAACUCCUCUCCAGCUACGGCGCCAGUGUCCUGCGCAUCGACCGACCCACCACCACCCACGCACCACCGACCAACGACCUACUCACGGAACGGAAAACCUCGAUCGCGCUCGACCUGAAAGCCCCCUCGUCGCUCGCCGUGCUCCUGACGCUGCUCGAAAAGGCAGAUGUCCUGAUCGACCCGUUCCGGCCAGGGGUCCUUGAGAAGAUCGGCCUCGACCCCGAAUCGGUGCUGUUGAAGAAAAACCCACGCCUCAUCGUCGUCCGCCUGACGGGCUUCCGCCGCGAUGGCAAGUACUCGGCGAUGGCGGGCCACGACAUCAACUACGUCGCGGUGUCGGGGGUUCUGUCCAUGCUGGGCGCGCGAGACAAGCCUCCAUCGCCGCCCGCCAACAUUCUCGGCGACUUCGCGGGCGGCGGCCACGUGGCCUUCACGGGCGUGCUGCUGGCGUUGAUCCACCGCGGCGUGUCCGGCAAGGGCCAGGUCGUCCACGCCAACAUGGUCGACGGGGCCAGCUACCUGGCGACGUUCCCGCGGCUGCUGACCAAAGUGCCCAUGUGGUCCGGUCCACGCGGCACCAACACCCUCGACGGCGGCUGUCCGUACUACGGCACCUACGAGACCAAAGACGCCGGGAAGUACAUGUCGGUCGGCGCGCUGGAGCCGCAGUUCUACGCCGAGCUGAUCAAGGGCCUGGGCUUCGAGCCGGCGGACGUCCUCUCCGGGAAGGACCUCCAGCGCGACGACCCCCGUGCGUGGCCGUACAUGCGGGAGCUGUUCACGCAGCGAUUCAAGACCAAGACCCGCAACGAGUGGGAGGCCAUCUUUGACGGCACCGAUGCUUGUUGUGCACCCGUGCUGGAGCACCAGGAGAUGGAGGCCGCCAAUUACGACCAUCGCCCUCUGGUGGAGCUGACGGGGUCGCCCGCAUUGCCGGUUGACGUUCCGUGGGUAGGGAAGCCCCUAGCAGCAGGCGAUGGUGGUGAGGAAACUCUGAGUAAUUGGUUGGGAUGGAAGAAGGGUCGAGACUUUGACGUUCACAGUGCGAAGGCUCAGGCAUUUUUGGUUCUGAAAGAAAAAAGUAAAUUAUAA